AUGGCAGACUUCAGCGAGCAUGCUGCUCUUUGCACGUGCGCAUCAAGAUCCGACAUCCGUUUCAACCACAUCCAAGUCAUCGGCACGCACAACUCGUACCACCGCGAGAUAUCCUUAGCUGAGGGCAAGGUUCUUGAAGACAAAACAUCCUCGUUGGGGCUACUUUCCUCAGUAAAAGAAUUAUACUAUUCCCACGCCGAGCUACAAAACCAGCUGGAAUAUCAAUCCGUCCGCUCCUUCGAACUAGACCUGCAUUCUGAUGAAAAAGGUGGUCUAUAUUAUCCUCCUUCGAUCUGGGGAUACACGAACUCCACCACGAUGCCGUUCGACGGCGAGAUCCUCAAGAAACCGGGGAUCAAAGUCUUCCACAUGGUGAAUUACGAUGUGAACGCCGUUUGCCACACCUUUAUCGAGUGUCUCCAGCAGAUCAAAGCCUGGUCAGACAACAACCCCCACCAUGUCCCUAUCACCAUCGGCCUAGAACUGAAAACCGACGCCAUUAUGAGCAAUCUCAGCGGAGUUGGCCUGGAUGAAGCAACAAACUGGACCUUACCACGUAUCCUCAAUGUCGACGCCGAAAUCCUCUCCGUUUUCCCGCCCAAGCAGCUCCUCCGCCCAGACGACGUGCGCAAACCGGGCCUCACCCUCGAACAAUCUAUCCUGUAUCACGGCUGGCCCAGACUAGACUCUGUCCGCGGCCGCAUCCUCUUCUACUUCGACAACAAUCCUAAGCCGUCCGACCCGAACUCCCCUCGCGAACUCUACACUGAGGGUGCACCCAGCCUAGAGAACCGCACCGUGUUCACGAAUGCUCUGGAAGGCGCCCCUGAUGCUGCGUUUAUCAAGUAUAACGAGCCGAGCAGUGCGACCAGUAUGGCGGAAAUCCAGCGUCUGGUGCGCAAAGGCUACCUCGUGCGUACGCGUGCUGAUAAAUCGGUUACCACGGUGCUAAACCGCACUACCGAGAUGAGAGAGGCUGCGUUGGCGAGCGGCGCCCAGAUUGUAAGUACAGAUUACCCUGCUUGGGGCAUGAGUUCGAGGUGGGGGUGGGAUUACGUGGCAAGGCUGCCUAAGGGGAGACCCGCCAGGUGUAAUCCGAUCAUUGCACCGAAGUCGUGUAGGGAUGGGAAAUUGGAGUAG